AUGGGUGUCGGAUUUCUUUGUCGGAAUAAUCCAGUCCCAAAGGUGAGGCAGGACAAGUUAGGCAACGUGCCCGUGGAGGUGGGAGGCCCUGGAGGACAGACACCACACCCUCAGGGAAACUUUAGCAGCCCAAGUCGGACCACAGAGCCUCUUUUUUCCAACAUAGGAAUGAGCCUUUCCUCAGAUCCCAGCAGCCCAAGCUCUCUGGCCAGCACGAGGACCCAAGCACCUCAGGACAAGGCCUCACAGGUCCUCAUGGUGACCAGUAAACCUGUGACACCAAGCACCAUGGACAGUCAGUCCCAGGCACAGACGUCCACAGCAGGACUUGACACUUCUCAAAAUACUACUCCCAUAUCAACCACUAUGAGCCUGAGGACCAAAGAAGACUUGUCUGUCCUGCCCAGUCCCACAUCAGAGACGGUGCUCACUGUGGCUGCAUUUGGUGUUAUCAGCUUCAUUGUCAUCCUGGUGGUUGUGGUGAUCGUCUUAGUCAGUGUGGUCAGUCUAAGGUUUAAGUGUCGGAAGAACAAAGAGUCUGAAGAUCCCCAGAAGCCUGGGAGUUCGGGGCUAUCUGAAAGCUGCUCCACAGCCAAUGGAGAGAAAGACAGCAUCACCCUGAUCUCCAUGAAGAAUAUCAACAUGAAUAACAGCAAAGGAUACCCCACAGCAGAGAAGGUUCUUUAGAAGAAAUGUCGGGUCCCCAUGGGUCCAAGGACGAUGAAGCUGCCCCAUGACUAUAAAGAGGAAGGCAAUGGGAGUGCUAGAGGCAUGAAUCACAUAUAAAUUAUUUUAUUAUUUCACACUUACUCCAAGAUCUAAAGGACACCAGCACUCCUCCAGACCUAGGAGUAAGCUGCCAGGAUGAGAGACUCUUUCCCAUAUGGGCAGCCACUCUGGAAAUACAGCCUGCUCCUCCCACCCACUCACCGUCAAAGGAAGGGGGAGUCUGGAGGGCAAGGGCAAGGAAAAUGACAAAGUGGAGUGGCCCUUGCUACUUUGCAUUAAAAUUAUUUUCUGGCCAA